AGGGAGAAUAUUUGGGUGUCUGUUUUUUGUUUUUCUUCGAGCUACUACCAAUGGUUGAAACUUGAAAUAAAACAAAAUUUCAUUGUUCCCCUUUCCAAUUUAAGGAGAAAGAAGGGGGGAAGCUAACUCAAUAUGCGAUUUUUUAUUUGAUUCUGGGAGUGUGGUAAAAUCUAGCUCGUUAAAAUUUCCAUAUUUUUUAUUGAAUAUCACAUACUGAAAAACUCAAGAAGAGAAAAGCCAAAAAAAAAAAAAUGAACGGAGGAGAUGAGGUGGUCACAGCUCCGGCAGGUCCGCCACAACCGUUGGAUUGGAAAUUCUCUCAGGUAUUUGGUGAACGAACGGCUGGAGAAGAAGUUCAAGAAGUUGAUAUUAUUUCAGCAAUUGAAUUUGAUAAAACUGGGGAUCACCUGGCCACUGGUGACCGUGGGGGCCGGGUUGUUCUCUUUGAGAGGACAGAUACCAAGGAUCAUGAUGCACUGAGAAGGGAUUUGGAGAGAAUGGACCACCCAAUUAAUCGGCACCCUGAGUUCCGUUACAAGACAGAGUUCCAAAGCCAUGAGCCUGAGUUUGACUAUCUCAAGAGCUUGGAAAUAGAGGAAAAAAUCAACAAAAUCAGAUGGUGCCAAACAGCCAAUGGUGCCCUAUUUCUCCUUUCUACAAAUGAUAAAACCAUCAAGUUUUGGAAGGUACAAGAAAAGAAGGUCAAAAAAAUUUCUGAAAUGAAUUUGGACCCUCCAAAAGCUGUAGGAAAUGGCUGCGUGGCUAGUUCAAGUAAUUCUAAUAGUCCCACACCUUGUCUUGCAAAUGGAGGUUCCCCUGACAAUGAUUUUUCUUUCCCACCAGGAGGCCUGCCAUCAUUGCGUUUGCCUGUGGUAGUAACUAGUCAGGAAACCAACCUAGUAGCUAGAUGUCGAAGAGUAUAUGCCCAUGCUCAUGAUUAUCACAUCAAUUCCAUUUCAAAUAACAGUGACGGCGAAACUUUUAUAUCAGCUGAUGAUCUGCGUAUAAAUCUUUGGAACUUGGAAAUCAGCAAUCAAAGUUUCAAUAUUGUUGAUGUAAAGCCUGCAAACAUGGAGGAUCUAACUGAGGUUAUAACAUCGGCAGAGUUCCACCCUACCCACUGUAAUAUGUUAGCGUAUAGUAGUUCAAAAGGCUCAAUUCGUCUCAUUGAUUUGCGGCAGUCAGCUUUGUGUGAUUCUCAUGCCAAAUUAUUUGAAGAACCAGAGGCACCUGGUUCUAGAUCAUUUUUUACAGAGAUAAUUGCCUCGAUCUCAGAUAUUAAAUUUGCAAAGGACGGAAGAUACAUGCUUAGCCGUGAUUACAUGACUCUUAAGCUGUGGGACAUCAAUAUGGAUUCUGGUCCAGUUUCAACUUUCCAGGUUCAUGAAUAUUUGAGACCUAAGCUAUGUGAUUUGUACGAAAAUGAUUCUAUCUUUGACAAAUUUGAGUGUUGCCUAAGUGGUGAUGGAUUGCGUGUGGCAACAGGUUCCUACAGCAAUCUAUUCCGUGUAUUUGGUUGUGCCCCUGGAAGCACAGAGGCAACUACUUUGGAAGCCAGCAAAAAUCCAGUGAGGAGACAGGUUCAGACGCCCUCAAGGCCCUCCAGAUCCCUAAGCAGUAUAACUCGUGUUGUUAGACGAGGGGCUGAAACCUCUGGAAUAGAUGCAAAUGGAAAUUCUUUCGAUUUCACAACGAAGUUGCUGCACCUAGCAUGGCACCCAACCGAAAACUCAAUAGCCUGUGCUGCUGCAAAUAGCUUGUACAUGUACUAUGCAUAAAAGAUGGUCCAAGAAAUGUAUUUGCAUGGUUAACUUUUUGUUGGGUUGCUGAUGGCAAAAGCUCCUUCUUUCCUUUCCCCCAAAACUGGUGAGUUAAAGGUUACACAUCGAUUCUCACACUUUCAGAUGCCCCUAAAACCCAUAGCACAUGCCAUUGUAUCAAAAGAUCAAGAAAUGGUUGCCACAGAUCCAUGAAGAAGCAACUUGUGUUUGUUCCUGGGUGGGGCAGCUGAUUCCCUUUUUCUCUCCUCCCUCCCGAACCGCAAAAGAUCCCUUAUUCCUGUUCUCAUCUUUUUUAUCACCCCCUCAUCCCCAAUCUUCUAAAAUAGAAGAUGGGAGUAUGUUUCUAGAUUUGUGUUGGGUUGAAGUUAACAGAGAAUGUGAUUGUAACUAAAGAAUGUUCAGUAUUUGCCACUAGGUUUUAAGGUAAAAUGUUAGUCUUCCUUUUUUUAUAAUUUUUUAACUAAAAAAUCUUGGUGGGGGAGAAUCUGUUGAUACUUUCAGUCUAUCAAUUUUUUUAUUGAUUCUUUUCUCAUGUUUUGGAA